ACUGUCGGCUGUGAGGUGAGGAGGUGGUUUGGAGCCAUGCUGCUCCCAGGGGGUAAACAGCUCUUGAUGCGGCUCUCCGGCUGCUGGAAGCCCCUUCUCAAUGGGCGUCUCCUGCUUGUGACCAACACCGUGAGCUGCGGAGCGAUCCUGGCCACGGGGGACAUCAUUCAGCAAACCCUAGAGAGGAGGAAACUGCCCGGGAAGCCUAGGAGCUGGGCCCGCACCGGGCGGAUGUUUGCCAUCGGAUGUUCCAUGGGGCCAGUGCUGCACUUCUGGUACUCUUGGCUGGACCGCAUGUACACCGGGAAGACCUUAGCAGUGGUCACCAAGAAAGUCUUAAUAGACCAGCUGGUGGCAUCACCUACCUUUGGCGGCUGGUACUUUGUGGGGAUGGGCAUUUUGGAAGGCCACUCGGCAAAGCCACGGCUGGAUGAAUUUGUCUGCAAGUUUUGGGAAUUCUACAAGGCUGACUGGUGUGUGUGGCCCCCUGCUCAGAUGUUUAAUUUCUAUUUCCUGCCUGCCAAGUUUCGGGUCAUCUUUGUGAACAUUGUCACCCUGGAUGGGACACGUAUCUGUCCCUACAUCAAGCACCGAGACCCUGAACUUACAAACAAGCACAGCGGGACCCCUCGGACAUCAAGACCCAGAGCCCUCCGAGGUCUCAAAGAGUCUGAAGGAGAGACUGUGAAGUUUCCCAGCAUUCCCUUGUGGGUGCCAGCGUGGGACUUUCUCAUGUCUGCCAUUGAAACUGCCAGGGACCUUUGGGACUUCUGUGAGCCACAGUGACCAGUCUGCAAGGGUCAAACCAGUGCUGAAUUCACUUGAAGGACCAGUUUGCUUGUUCUCGGCAUGGGCCUCUGCCUUUGGCGCAGUCCCUCAUGGGGCACAAACACAUCUGCGGGCUGCUCAGGAAGCACAGACUUGGGUGGCACUGCCCACCUUUACCUCAAAGGCCUUUCCAGUUUUUAUAUUCCUCUGCCACCUCACAAAGCCCAAAUUGUUCCAGUGAGGGCGAGCAGCUGCUCCCUCCUCAGUGCACUUGGGCACUCUCCGUCUGCCCAACAUACCUGUCAACCCGUUGAGCAGCAGUCAUAUAGUGCUUACCCACAUAUCCCAUAUGCAUUGCUUUCUUCAGCUCAUACCCCUUAUGUUGUCACCCAGUGGUCUUCAUCAUAUGCCACAUGUAACCCUUCUAUCAGUACCCAGUCACAUAUCCCAUCAUUCCUUGCUCUGUCGCCACAUAUCCCACCAUUGCUUCCUGCAGAUUUCUGUGCCAACUGCUCUGUUGUGCCUUUUUACAUCUGUGAUGGGAGGCAGCUUUGCCAGUGUGCCAUGGUGGCCUUGUGACUGAGCCUUUUUGAGACUGACCACAGGGUACCCAAUCAUGCACAGUGGUGUUUGCCUCUUGAUAAGCCCCACCAUGGUGAGCACCUGCCUCAGAUGUCCCACACACAGCUGCUGAGGAUAAGUGGGCCUUGUGUCCUCCGUGCCCCCUUCUUGACAUUCUAUGCCAAUGUGCUAGCUGCUCUCUUGCCCUGCCUGUCCACUGAGUAGCCUUUUUGUUCCCAUUGGCCUGCAGCCUUGACAUUUCAGUGCCAGCCCCUCGGUGGUGAAUGUCAUCUCUGCCUCUUCAGGUGAACCUAGUGGACACGUCAUGCCAGGGACUUUUCAAAGCCAGAGUGCCAUUUUACAAUAAUUGGAGGAUUGGGCAGAGGUGGCACACAAGUGGGUCCUGAGAUUGGCAUACUCCCCUGGUCAGAUCCUGUCCUGGACUCCUGGUGCUGGCCACCUGCCACUUGACCCCCUUUCUUGACGGGAGCCGACUGCCCGCUUGUGUUGGGUCCCCCUCGGUCACGGUCGAUGGCAGCUCCUCCACUCUCUCGAAUCAUUCAACAGCUCUGAGUGACCCCUGUGGCCCAUCCGACCCCCCCCCCCCCAACCUUGGUGUUUGAGCACUCUUAACGGUGGGGCGCCCUCUGGGUAUGUGAGGGGCAAUGAGCGCCCCCUUCAGUCUCCCUGUGAUUCAGCAGGUCUGAUGUUUACUUGCUGUGUUGUCUUGUAAGUAAAGGUGGUGGUGGUGGUGGU